GUGAGAUCUCAAGUUCUUAUCGGCUUCGACAUUCGCAUCAAUUGCAUGUCUCCUUCCUCCUAUGAAGAAUGCUUGGCUCAGACAAUGUGCAACCUACUAAUGUGUUAAAUUGUCAGUAGAGUAUCCUCCCGGCCUCUAAAUCCUGAACACCUUACACCUUUCAGCGUUCUCACAUGCUCUCACCCUCACCCCAUCUUCUCUGAUCUGCCAUCAGGUUUCACUCUUCAUUAGUGGAAUCUCAAAAGUGAGUGAACUCUGUCAAAAUGGCAAAACUGUCAGAUGUCACGUUGGGUUUUCUUGGAGCUGGAAACAUGGCCCAAGCUAUUGGACUCGGCUUGAUAAAGUCAGGCACUCUGAAAUCACCUCAAAUCAUCGUUUUUGCUCCUUCGGAAAGGUGCUUUUCACCAUGGAGGGCCGCUAGUAUUGAAACCACUCACUGUAUAUUGUCUGUUUUUAAUAAAGCUCAAGUUGUCUUCUUAGGAAUGAAGCCUCAAAUGCUCGACCAGUUUUUACUUGACGCAGAACGAGAGAAAGCAAAGCCUAGUAAAUCGAUACUUUUUGUCUCUCUUCUGGUUGGAACUACUCUGAGCACACUGGAAAAGAAAAUCGAAUCUAACUUUGGAAAAGGUCAUCGCAUCAUAAGAGUUAUGCCCAACACCCCACUAAUGGUAGGAGCUGGAUGCUCAGCUGUCUGUCAUCAAUUGGGAAAGGAUUCUGAAGAUGUUGCUCUUGUGAAAGCGGUGAUGUCACAAAAUGGAACCGUUUCAGAAAUCCCAGAGUCUCUGAUCUCAACUUUUGCAGCUUUAGCUGGUUCUGGACCAGCAUAUGGUUUCAUAAUAAUCGAAGCUCUGGCUGAUGGUGCUGUGAAAAACGGGAUGCCUCGCGAUAUGGCUCUCCAGUUGGCUGCGCAAACAAUGGCUGGUGCUUCCAAGAUGGUGCUCGAGACGAAUACUCACCCAGGGCAGUUAAAGGACCAGGUUUGUUCACCUGGCGGUACAACCAUCGCAGCUAUCUAUGCUCUUGAAAAAGCUGGAAUUCGAGGUGGAAUGAUGGACGCAAUCAAUGCAGCAGUUGCAAGGAGUAAAGAAAUGAGUUAAUUUAACAACUCUGGAGUAAAGUUCUUGGAGGAAAUAGAGAAGUUAUUUCAUUGUUUUUUUUUUCUCUUAGUAAGUUUAGCAAUUUUUGCUGACAAUAUGAAAGACAUUAAGCUCAAAUAAAGGACAACUUUUUAAGAAAA